GCCGGAUCUCCAGCGCCAUGGUGGGGAUGGGGAGGGAAGAAAGUCCAUGUUCGUCGAAGAUCCUCUUCCUCCCUGCCCACCACAAGCUUGUCUCAUCACGAAAGCCUGACUAGGACUCUGUUGACACAUCGGAAGCCUCAGCUCCUGAUCUACUUGGAGCUUUCACCCCCUGCAAGCAUGUCAGGACGGAAGUUGUUUGCCAUCUACGUGAUCAGUUUGGUGAAGCUAGGUGCCCAAUCGAAUAUGCCGAUGUACAUCGAUGGUUCCAACACACAUUGCUUUGUCUCCUUGAGCCCCUUGCGGGGUGGUGAUUCAUCGCAGUUCUCGUCAGGGGAGGUCAGUUUCGAUUACAGUCAAAGUUCGCAGCACGAGGAUAGUUCUUCAUUCGGCGUUGUAGACCAGAAAGCCUUCUACGAGUUGGCUGGGUUGAAACAGAAUCCUUUUGGCAAGAUCUGGCACACAAAAGCGUGGAGAAGGAAGAUAAAGGAAAAGAAGAUGUACAAGGAGGCAAAGCGAAUACAAGAUUUCGACGAUUCUGGUCCGACGGAAUGUAUCAUUCCUAAGGAAGAUAUUGAAUACUGGAAGCAGAGGCAACAUCUGAUCCCCGAAGAGGUAAUCGAGAGAUUCAGGAGAGCCCACAUUCUGCACGAGCUAGAGAAAGAGAAGGAGGAGUCAUCCGACUACCCAGAUUCGAGUGAAAUCUUUGAGGUGGAAAAGAUAGGGAAAGGCGAUGAACAACACAUCGAAGCAUGGAAAAGGAUGAUACAGCGCUGUAAGCAAGAAGAUGAAAAAGGGUUGAACAAUAUC